GUUGGAUUACAAUUGGCAUAGGUACCAACAACAAGAGUCUGCAUCAUACGGUUGGCAGUCAUCUGUAUCCUGGCGAUCAAUCCACACGCUGGGAUGAGACAUUCUGAUCCCUGUCGCUUUUGUUAAGAUGAAAUUCAAAAUUGGAACGGACUAACGCGCUUUCCCGCUCUUUUUAUAUUGACAAUAUGUGUUCGUAAACUAUGUGCGAAUUCCUUUGUUUUCAAAUAGCAUACAUAAUUUGAAUAUGGAAUCUGAAAAUACAAAUCUUCUAGACGAUGGCCAUCUUAACAAUCAAAAACUUUAGCAUAUCUACACAGAAUAUACUCGAAAGAAAAUGGAACCGUCAACAUCAACCUAUGAGAUGGAAAUAAAAAAAGAUAUCGAAAAAGAUGUUAAAACGAAGCCAGUACUCUCUGCUGGCAAAAUAUUUUACAAACCAGGUGUUAUUGAGGAGGAAACAGAUGAGACGAGUGUAUUUGAAAGUUCUGUGGUAGAAUCGCCAAUGCUUGGGUUCAGUGCAAGUGGUCUACUACGACAGCAUUCAAUACACCCAGUGAGCAGUCUUCAUAGAAUACCGACAUACAGCAGUUCUAUAGGACAAAGCACUAUUUACCGAGUGGACAGUUGUAGGAAUCGUUCGCACAGACAUGGUCUUUCUAGAAGAUCAAGACGACGAGCUAUACUUAAAAAUGGCGAGUGCAACAUACUCAAGUCGCGCCUCAGCCAGCGACGAUUGCGCUUCCUGCAAGAUAUGUUUACAACUUUUGUGGACGCCCAAUGGAGGUGGACAUUACUACUGUUUACACUCUCCUUCAUAAUAUCCUGGUUAAUAUUUGCACUCAUAUGGUGGCUGAUUGCGUUUACCCAUGGAGAUCUAGAGCCAGACCACCUACCAGAGAUGCAAGAGUCAUCGAACUGGAAGCCCUGUGUCUUGGGAAUAUAUGGAUUUACAUCUUGUUUCCUAUUCAGUAUAGAAACUCAACAUACGAUUGGGUACGGUGCGCGUACAACCACAGAAGAGUGUCCGGAAGCGAUCUUCAUAAUGUGUUUCCAAAGUAUAGUGGGUGUGACAAUUCAAGCUUUUACGGUCGGUAUAGUGUUUGCUAAAAUGACGAGACCGAAGCAGAGGACACAAACACUGCUGUUUUCGAAACACGCCGUGAUAUGUCAGCGGGAUGGGGAACUAUGUCUUAUGUUCCGCGUGGGAGACAUGAGGAAGUCGCACAUAAUUGGAGCUAGCGUGAGAGCGCAACUUAUUCGAUCCAGAACUACCAAGGAAGGGGAAGUCCUAUCCCAUUAUCAAACAGAGCUCGAAUUGAACGCAGAUGGAUGUGACAGCAACCUAUUUUUCAUAUGGCCAAUCACUAUGGUUCACAAAAUAAACGCGGACAGCCCGUUCUAUAGAGUCUCCGCUGCAGAUAUCCUUCAAGAAAAGUUUGAAAUAGUGGUCGUUUUAGAAGGUACCAUCGAGUCAACCGGGCAGACGACUCAGGCCCGGUCUAGUUAUACGGCUAGUGAAUUAAUGUGGGGUCAUAGAUUUGUGCCUUUAGUGACAUACAAUCGUGAACGUCAGGGAUACGAAGUAGAUUAUUCCAAAUUCGAAGAUACUAUGCAAGUUGAUACCCCAUUGUGUUCAGCGAAAGAACUAGACGAAUUUUAUGGAAGCCAAGCGGACCACAGAUCUAUUGAGAGCACGGAAGCCAUGGUCCUUAAACUGCCCGAACGACCGAAAGAACCAAGAAACCCAGAGCCAAAAGCCGUUCAAAAGGAUGGAGACUUCACCGUCACAUUAUAAUCGAACAAACAGAAUUUAUUUCAUAUUUGGAAAAGCAGAAGAAUCUCACUUUUCAAACUAUCAAAUAAAAAUUAUGCAUACAGCAGGGCUUCAUAGAUGAGCUAGAUUCAUAAUCCCGCUACUAGUAAAAACUUCCUACUAGUCAUGUUAUAUUUAUCACAAUAUUAAAAGUAUAGUAUAAACUCAUAUAAUUAUGUGUGAUGGUUCUAAGCAUUCCUUAUUACGAUAGAGUGUUAUAUCAACGUUUAUUAGGAUAAGUAAUAUAUAUAAGAUAAGUGAUAUUUAAAUUCCAGUAUUUUCAUAUCUAUUUACAACAGUACUGUUAACAAAUCUAUUGUUAUUUGUAAAUAUUGAGUGAAUAAUGCAUGUUGUGAUGUUUCUUUGUCUUUAAUUUUUAUAACCUUAAUCCUGCUAUUUGCCGUCUGUCUUUAAAUAGGAAUUGCCUGAUAAUAUUUGUUUUAGCAUACAAACAUAUUAAGUAUUGUAGUAAAUUACUUAGUCUGUUAAAAUUUAUAACUGCUAUGUUAAACAAAUAAAGAACACGAAAUAUUA